UUCUGACCACCAUCAUCAUAAGGAUGAAAAUCAUUGACAAAAUAACAGCGCACGAUGGACCUCAUCCAUUCUAUUUCUUCGAGUUCUUUCCACCGAGAACGGAUCAAGGAUUCGAGAACCUCCUUUCUCGCAUAUCCAGACUGUCAAAUUUGAGGCCUAUGGCAGUCAGCAUUACUUGGGGAGCUGGAGGUAGUACCAGAGAUCGCAGUCUGGAUCUCGCAGGCUUGGCACAGACAGAAUACCAUAUCGACACCAUCCUUCACCUUACAUGUACGAAUAUGAUGCAAGGGAUGGUGGAUGAUGCAUUGGCAGCCGCGAAGAACAGGAAGAUUGAAAACAUACUGGCUUUGCGCGGCGAUCCACCGAGGGGGAAGGAGGAGUGGAUUCCUAUAGAUCCUCGCUUUCAACGCGGUAUUGAUCUUGUUUCCUAUAUUCGUUCGUCGCCUCAAUUUUCGUCGCAAUUUUGCGUUGGCGUUGCUGCGUACCCGGAUCGACACCCUGACAGCCUCCAUGAUGAGGAUGCCGAAAUUGAGUAUCUGAAAGCAAAAGUAGACGCUGGAGCCGAUUUCAUUGUCACUCAACUUUUCUACGAUGUAGACCAAUUCCUUCGGUGGGAGAAGAAAGUUCGGGCGAAAGGUAUUAACGUGCCAAUCAUCCCGGGCAUCAUGCCGAUUCAAACCUAUUCAUCUUUCUUACGGCUAAUCAAACUUUGUGGGACAAGUGUGCCGUCGUUUAUCAUGUCAGAUCUGGAUCCCAUUAAGCAUGACGACCAACUUGUUAAAGAUUAUGGUGUUAAGCUAGCCGUCAACAUGAUACGACGACUGACGUCUGAAGGAAAGGUUCCUGGCGUGCACUUUAGUACCCUUAACCUUGAAAAAAGUGUACAGCGCGUCCUAGAGUCGUUGCAGUGGGCUGGCACCAUCCCUCCCGCUUACAAUAAGUUAAUCGAGCAAGGCCCCCACGAUGACGGUAGAUCUGUCACACCCUCUUCCGCAAGCCGGGCGGCAAAGUACGGAUUGGCUACUAUAUCCACCACCGAUGGCGAAGCUGGUAGCGGAGAGUUGAACAAUGCCGCUACAUGGGAUGACUUCCCCAACGGUCGUUUCGGUGACUUCAAGAGUCCGGCGUAUGGCGAUCAAGAUCCAUACGGCAACGUCGGAAAUAUAACUUUGGGCCCUUGGAGACACCCGCAGACUAUUGACGACCUAACUACAAUAUUCUUGGAUCAUAUACAUUCGAAGAUACCAACGACGCCAUUCUCGCCCACGCCACUUUCUCCUGAAUCGCUGACAAUUCUUCCACACUUGGAGAAACUCACAAAACGUUGCUGGUGGACAGUGGGAUCGCAACCCGCCGUUGAUGGUGCGCCAUCGAGCGAUGAGAUAUUCGGAUGGGGCCCUCGUGCUGGAUUCGUAUUUCAGAAAGGAUUUGUGGAGUUCUUUUGCACUGAAGAUGACCUGGACCUCAUCGAGAAGAAAGUAACAGAUAACGGGAAAGGGUGGGUACACUGGUUUGCUGGUAACUCGACGGGAGACUACCGAGGCAAUAUACCUGAUGAUGGACGAAAUGCGGUAACUUGGGGCGUCUUUACGGGCCAAGAGAUCAUACAGACGACGAUUAUUGAACGCGAAUCGUUCCUUUCGUGGAAGGAUGAAGCCUUUUCGAUCUGGUCAGAAUGGGCAUCGCAUUACCGCCCGGGGUCUGAAGAGAGGUUGUUGUUGGAUUCGGUCAAGAAAGAACGAUGGCUCGUCAGCAUCACGCAUCAUGACUAUAAGAACACGGAGUCGCUAUGGACGUUCUUGUCCGAUAUUAUUGAAACGACGGACACGUAGUAUAAAACCUGUACAAGCUCUUCAACAUUGGGCCUAAAUGUAUCUAGUACAUCUAUCUUGGUAUAUGUAACAAAUGUCGUAUAGAAAAUUUUUU